ACGGAUUUGCUUCUGCAGUUCCCCCAGUCCUUAUCCUGCGCAACCCUCGUCCAGGAUCAUGUCUGCCUCUACAGUGAGCAUGGGAGCUCCUACGCGGCAGCUGCAGACCACAGGAAUACUCUCCAAAGAACAGCUGAUUUACCUCUUCAACCGAUUCUCGUACCUCACCUCCCAACCAGAUGUGAAGAAAAGAAUAGCAGAUGCUGUCAGGGAUAAACAGGAAGCAGUUGCUGUAACCACUGCAAUCCAAGAAGAAAUACUUUUGGAAAUGGGAGUUGAUCCGAGGUUUGGGAUUGCGUGCUUGGGAAAAGUAAAUAUGGUUUAUGAGAAUGACCGGGACUUGAUGAUUCAGUUUUAUGGGUUUGUCGCAAAGGAAGAGGUCGCCUGUGAUGAAGCUGAACUUGAGCCCGAUGAAUUUGCAGAAAAAAUGCAUGCUCAGCAGACACUGCAAGAGCAGCAACUCGAGAUGCUGAAGUAUAUGCGUAAAUUUCACCCCGAUGACCAGUCCGCGAUCCUCGAAUCGCUUCACCUGCAGAUGGAGAAUGCCAAUUUUGAUAAUAAUGCUGCAGUCUUCACAUCUGAGCAAAUCCAGGAGAUUGUUAGGAGGAGAAUAACCCCACCUUUUCCCAACCCCACAAGCUAAUGCUCUACACAUGCCAAUGUGUCGCUCCUGCAGAACAUCUGAGUGGUGUAAAAGGUGGGCCUCACGAUGACGAUAGCUCGGUGCAUAAAUCAGGCUACCCCACACCAGGUGGGCCACACAUGUAUGUCGAAUAAGACAUUAGCAGUUUUUAUUUGAACUGUUCAUCUUAUUCAUACACUUUCAUUUGCCUAAUGAAUGGACCUGCUCGAAUUUUCAUGGCUGGUGAUCGAUGUCCUGCAGCUAAUGUGCGUGCAUUAUAUUAUGUUGGUCUGUAUGUUGUUUUGAAGUGUUGAUUCUAAGACGAUGGAAAAUGGAAUUAAUGUAAUUGUGGGAAUUGUUUGAUACUC